CUCUAGGGCGAUACCUUUUAACGUUUCGUACAGCUCCCUAAAUCCGUCACUGGAAAAAAUUUGGGUAAAAACACAAAAAAAAGUGUUUUCUCAGUGUUCUCAAGCUUUUUCCAGUCAUGGAUUUAGCUAAAUUAAACGGUAUACAGUUUGUAUGAAACCUUAAAAAGGUAUAUAGAUGGUGACAAAAGUUUAAACCUUUUUAGAUUCGGCAGAGUACCUGUUUUUUUAGAGAGUAGGAGCUAUUUCAUAGGUUAUGUAUUUUUCUCCGACUGUAUUUUGUAUUAUUUUGUUUCCUGUAUACUAGAAAUUAUCAAAAGAUCUCAGAUCGAAUGAUAGUCUACAGAAAUGGCUCAAAUUUCAAAAGUGCGCGUCAAUCACCAAACAGCUCUCUUAUUAAGAGUUAACAGCUUAAAUUCAUAAUGUAGAUAGAAGAGAGUCAAUACACAUUAUGGCAAAAGGAAGAAUGCUUCAUCUCUGUUGGAUCAGGAGUUAUUAGCGAUUUACUUAAUAGAAACGAUCGUGUCCAUCACCAAAAUGUAAAUAUCCAGAAUGAAAGAAAGUGAAUAUGAGCCUAUUAACUGAUUCCAGUGUCAUUUGGUGAGAUCCGACUAAAUGAAAAAUAAAGAAAAGAGUCGUAAAGACUAACCUAUAAAAUUUCAAGAAAAAGUUUUACAUUAUCUUCUACACGUAACGAUAUUAUUCUACAUUAUUUGGUGAUUAAAAGUCGACUAAUUUAAACUGAUUGGGUUUCCAUGAAUGAGCAUGCGAUCUUGAAAAAGAUGCUUGAAGUUACGUAUAUUUUCAGAUUCUUAUUAGAUACAUUUAAUAUAAGACAUAACAUCAAUUAUUUUCAAUAGUUACUUCAAAAAAUGUUGCCUAAACCUAGUUAUACACCAGUUACAGUUUUUUACUACUUAACUGUACGUGUAAAACUGUUAUAACUGUAACUGUCAUAACUGUGCAACUGUUACUGCUAAUAGCUGUAGGCAAAUAUUCUAGAGUGAGUUAGUCUUCUACGAUUUGCACACAUUUUAAAAAUUCUCUUAUGCAAGUCGUAGAAGACUCACUCUAGAAUAUUUGCCUACAGCUAUUAGCAGUAACAGUUGCACAGUUAUGACAGUUACAGUUAUAACAGUUUUACACGUACAGUUAAGUAGUAAAAAACUGUAACUGGUGUAUAACUAGGUUUAGGCAUGUUUUUUUGAAGUAACUCUUGAAAAUAAUUGAUGUGAUAUCUUGUAUUAAAUUAUAACACUUACACAGUUAUGACGGUUACGGUUCUACAGUUUUACAGUUAACUGUAACCGGUACAUGCCUACCUAAGCCGAAAACAACAACACAAAAUAAACUAGAAGAAAUAAUUAAUAAGCAAACAGAAAUGAAUGAAUUUGGUAAAAGAACGUUACAAAGUAAGUCUCAAAGUUAUAUGAAUGAAUUAUUCGGCCAUGCACAAAUAUGUUCCCAAAAUGCCGGUAGAAAAAACAUUAAAUUAUUUAACAUUUCAUGUGCAUUGAAAUUUCGCGCUGAAGAUUAUGGUGUUGAUAUUGGUUUGCCGCAAACAGGUUUUACUUUAGAACUACCGAUUGAAUGUGAUUUGGAAAGUGUUAAAGAGUGA